GCAACCCUGCGCUUCAUCGAAACAGUGUUGACCAACGACAGCAUGGACAAAAACAAUGCGACUUCGUAAACAAAACAUUUUUUUUAUACAGAUCAUUACCAGAGAAAAAAGACAAGGACAAUAUGCGCAAGACGUGGGUGAAGAGGGAGAACAUAUACUUCAAGCCCUUCUACAAGCAGAAGUCGAAGAUGUUCCUGCUGCUCAUCUUCCUGGUCGGGAUAUCCUUUAUCGCGUAUCAGGCCUUCUCGCUGAAUCAGCUGCCAGGAGUGCCUGCUCCAUGGAAUCUACAGCAGAUCAAGCGGAAGCACCAGCAGAUGAUGCAGUCGCUAGGCAGCAAGCAACGCGAUGUAGAUGACUUUGAUGGCGAAGGAGUGGAUGCAGUUAAUCCUGCGGUUGGAGCCACGUCAGCGGUUGCUGGCCAUGAGGAUCCCAUCAAGAUUGUUAGGGGCACCCGGCUCUUCGACUACGAUGCCUACAAGCCCAACUUCGAGGGCAAGUUCCGGUGUCUGGACGGCUCCAAGGACAUCGCCUUCGACCAUCUGAACGACAACUACUGCGACUGCGAGGACGAUGGCAGCGAUGAGCCCAGCACGAAUGCCUGUGCCAAGGGGCGAUUCUACUGCCGCUACCAGAAGCGUCACAUCACGGGUCGUGGCCUGGAUGUCUAUGUGGCCAGCAGUCGGAUCAAUGACCACGUCUGUGACUGCUGCGACGGCAGCGAUGAAUGGACCACAGGGGCUAAGUGCCCCAACGACUGUGCGUAGUUGCUGGCGGGGAAUUGUUCCGGCCUAAUCCUCUUACGCAUCCACCUCCUCCACCUGUGCACCCAGGACACUAAUCUCAAGGAUGAAGCUGUCUGGCGCAUCACAAGCGAUAUUUUUUGUACGAAUACAAUAGAAUUGUAAUUUAUUUUAAAGUAAGUAGAUUCAAUAAAAGAAACAAAAAUGAGUCCAAGAAA